GGCCGGCGGGCGGCGGCCGCUGGGAGUCGGGGAACCGGCCGGGCCGCGCCGCCGCUGCGGGGCCAUGAUCCGGAACGGGCACGGGGCGACCCGGGGCGCCGAGCCGCCGGGGCCGGGGGGCAGGCGCGCCGUGCGAGUGUGGUGCGACGGCUGCUACGACAUGGUGCAUUACGGCCACUCUAACCAGCUGCGCCAGGCACGGGCCAUGGGCGACUACCUCAUCGUGGGUGUGCACACCGAUGAGGAGAUUUCCAAGCACAAGGGGCCCCCGGUGUUCACUCAGGAGGAGAGAUACAAGAUGGUACAGGCCAUCAAGUGGGUGGACGAGGUGGUGCCAGCCGCUCCCUACGUCACCACGCUGGAGACACUAGACAAGUACAGCUGCGACUUCUGUGUCCAUGGCGAUGACAUCACACUGACCGUAGACGGCAGGGACACCUACGAGGAAGUGAAGCAGGCUGGGAGGUACAGAGAGUGCAGGCGCACCCAGGGCGUGUCCACCACAGACCUCGUCGGCCGUAUGUUGCUGGUGACCAAGGCGCAUCACAGCUGUGAGGAGAUGUCCUCUGAGUACCGGGAAUACGCAGACAGCUUUGGCAAGUGCCCGGGGGGACGGAACCCCUGGACGGGGGUGUCACAGUUCCUGCAGACGUCCCAGAAGAUCAUCCAGUUUGCUUCUGGGAAAGAACCCCAGCCAGGGGAGACGGUCAUCUACGUGGCUGGCGCCUUUGACCUGUUCCACAUCGGCCACGUGGACUUCCUGGAGAAGGUGCACGGCCUGGCAGAGAGGCCCUACGUCAUCGCUGGCCUGCACUUUGACCAGGAGGUCAACCACUACAAGGGGAAGAACUACCCCAUCAUGAACCUGCACGAGCGGACCCUAAGCGUGCUGGCCUGCCGGUACGUGUCGGAAGUGGUGAUCGGGGCCCCGUAUUCGGUCACAGCAGAGCUCCUGGACCACUUUAAGGUGGACCUGGUGUGUCACGGGAAGACGGAGAUCGUGCCCGACAAGGACGGCUCAGACCCUUACCAGGAGCCCAAGAGAAGGGGCAUCUUCUGUCAGAUCGACAGCGGGAACGACCUUACCACGGACCUCAUCGUCCAGCGCAUCAUCAAGAACAGGCUAGAGUACGAGGCCCGGAACCAGAAGAAGGAGGCCAAGGAGUUGGCUUUCCUGGAGGCCAGGCGUCGGCAGGAGGUGCAUCCCGAGAGGGAGAGUGACUGUGACUUCUGACCAGAGGAAGGUCACCGGAGCGCCCGGGUGCCGGCCCUCCCCCUGCUCUGCUCCCUGCGCCUUGAGGGCUUGGCUCCCGCGGUUUUAACAAAGCCUCCGGUGUCCCCUCUGACUGGCCCCGUCUCGGAAGGGCCAGAGUGGAGGACGCUGCCUCCCACCCCACCGGCCAGGUGCCCUUCCCGCUGAGCCGCACAGAGAGGGCCCGCGGCACGGUGGGGCGGCUCGGCGAACAGGGUGAGCAGAGGGCACCUGCGGCUGGAGGGGCGCUGCCCUGUGUGCCGGUGGAGGCCCGGCUCAGCUCUCCCUGCCCCCGAAGCUCCGCAGACCCAGGACGGCCCUGCUGCCCAGCUCGAGGCGGUGCCCGUUCCGCCCUUUGGAUCAUUGAAGCCAGCUUCAGGGGAGCAGAGAGCCAAGGGGGGCACCCCCUUUCCGUCUCAGGGUGCAGACCGUGCCAUCUCCUGCGUGGAUACCUGUUGACCCGUGGCACGUCCGUGGUGCCCUGGGCCUGGCUGUUGGGCACUGUGCCCCCCACUUCCCUGGCCGGCCUCGCUGCUCCCCCACAGACUGUUCUUGAUUUUGUACCUGACUGGCUGGCGCACAACCCAAUAAACCUGGUGGGAGGUG